AUGGGUGACCCCUAUAGGUCGGACACUGUGGUCGACCCCAGGCUUAGGGUGAAGGGUGUGAAGCGGUUACGGGUAGUCGAUUCGUCGGUAUAUCCGGAGAUCAUUAACGCCAAUACAAACGCACCGGCGAUGUUGGUCGGGGAGAAGGGGGCGGUUAUGGUAUAUGAGGACAAUACUGAGCCUGUAUUCUCCAUUAUAUGGGAAAGACAGCAACGACACGACUAUUACGCCACACGAACACCAUUCCCACCGGAAAGGGACUAUGACUUUGUAGUUGUGGGGGCCGGUAGUGCGGGCUCUAUAGUGGCCUGUCGUCUGUCCCAAUGGGGAAAACAGGUGUUGCUUCUGGAGGCGGGUGGGGCUCAGGACGCUGUCCUUACAGAUCACCCGGGUAUUGAAAUGACCGUAUUAAAUAGUGGUACAUAUUUAUGGCCCUAUUACAGUGUGCCCCAGAAAUUGGUUGGCCACGGGUAUGCCAAUGGGCUAAUACCUGAGCCUAAGGGCAUGAUAUUAGGUGGUGGGUCGUCAGUUAAUUUUAUGAUGUAUACAAGGGGUAAUCACAAAGAUUACGAUAAUAUUGUCACGAAGUACGGGGGCUAUGGGUGGGCCUAUAAGGAUGUACUGCCGUUGUUUAAAAGGACAGAAAAUAAUAGCGACCCGACUCUAAGCGAUGUAUAUCAUGGUCGCAAUGGACCUAUAGGUGUGUCCACAGCGGCAUUACCUGAUCCCGCGACACAAAAAUUUGUUGACGCAGCAGUUGAACAAGGUCAUCAUAUUAUAGACAUCAAUGGGCGCACGCAAGUAGGUGUAACUAUAGCCCAGUCCACUAUUAAACAGGGCAUACGCUCGUCCACUGCGAACGGACCUAAAAGUUGCGGUACUAUCCGGUUAAACAGCACCGAUAUUACGGACGUACCUAUACUUAAUCCCCAAUUGAUGACUGCCAACCCCGAUAGGGAAGCCUUUUAUCAAGCGGUCAGUGAUUCGUUCAGAUAUAUAGAGGACAGUAGUCUUUCACAGUAUGUGUUCGUAAACCCUGAACCCAUACCCGGCUGUGAGUACUGCCCCUCU